CUCGCUGCCUCCAGAAAACAGGUGUGGAGGGCGUCUCAGCCGUUGCUCCAAUAUGACCACCUGGAUGCUCCUGCUCCUUGCCUCAGUGCUCCUGGACAACCCAGAUGUCACCUUCUCUGGUCUGACCCCUGAGGACCCGGCAACGGCCCACCUGUGUGAUGGAGAGCAGUUCUUCCAGGGCCUGGCCCAGGAUGGCCCCCAGUGUGACCUGCCGACGAGAUCAGAGGAGCUGGGCCUCAGGUGUGGGCCCUGCCUGAAGGUAAUCCAGAAGCUGCAGGAUAUGGUGGGAGAGCAGCCCACCCAGGAAACUAUUACCAGUGCUGCGUCCCGGGUGUGCAGCAAGAUGAAGUUACUGAGAGGCCUCUGCAAAACGAUCAUGAGGACAUUUCUGUGUCGCAUUGCCCUGGACAUCAUUGCUGGUAAAACUGCCCGAGAUGUCUGUGUGGACCUCAAGAUGUGCAAACCUGCAGGUCUCAUCUGAGGGCUCUGACCCCAUUCUGGGGAAGAAGCAUAGAGAGCUGGCUCCUGUCCUCUCAUCCUGGGAACCUCAGUAAUCUCUACCAGCUGUCACCUUUCUAGAUGGAGUCUACUCUCCAGUCUCCCUCACCUGACUCCCUCCACUGCCUUCCCUUCUCAGGAGAAUAAAGUGUCAUUCGAGGUUUUA